AUUUUGUGGGCAUCUUCGAGUUCUUCUUUGCCACUGAGGGGUUUUGACCAAAAACUUUUCUUUUCUAUCAAUUUGGUGGGAAAAAUAAACAGCAGCAUCACGGGCAUUCUGAUUCAAAAACUUAAAAUAUUUUGGGGACAUGUAUUUGCUGCAAGAGUGGCUGGAAAUAUCUUUGUGCUAAAAAUCAAAUGCAUUGAAAUUUUGCCUCAUUCUGGAAGCUUUUAAUGGCAUACUGGGACUCUAAAUAGCCAUAGGAACAAUAGGAGCAUCAUUAUCAGAUAUGGAGUGUAAUAGAGAUGAGGCUAUCAGGGCUAAAACAAUUGCUGAGGGAAAGUUAGAGAAGAAGGAUUUUGCAGGUGCAAAAAAGUUUGCCCUGAAAGCAAAGGCUUUAUAUCCUGCACUUGAAGGCCUUUACCAAUUGUUAACGAUUCUUGAUGUAUACAUCUCUGCUGAAAAUAGGAUAAGUGGCGAAGUGGACUGGUAUGGAGUGCUGGGAGUGAACCCCUCUGCAGAUGAUGACACUGUGAGGAAACAAUAUCGGAAGUUAGCCCUUAUACUUCACCCGGAUAAAAAUAAAUCUGUCGGUGCUGAUGGUGCAUUUAAACUUCUCUCGGAGGCUUGGAGCUUGUUAUCUGACAAAUCUAAGAGGUUAGCUUAUAACCAGAGGAGAAGCUCUAAAGGGUUUCAACAGAAAGGCCCAACGCAUCCUGGUGGUCCUUCAGCAUCGUCACGAGCUAAUGGAUUUCAUAAUUUUAGUGGCAAGACAAGUUCAUCUUCAAAGUCCCAGAGUGCAAGUGCCCGUGCACACCCUACUAAUGUUAAUCCUCCAUCCCAUCAAAGAAAUGAUACUUUCUGGACCAUAUGCCACCGUUGCAAGAUGCAUUAUGAAUAUCUGAAGAUAUAUCUUAAUCACACUCUUCUCUGCCCUAAUUGUCAAGAGGCAUUUUUGGCAACAGAGACACCCCCACCAUUCGAUCAUCCCAGGCCGUCUAAUGCAAACUCUCGACAGCAUCAGAAUAUAGGCAAUCCUGCAUCCAAUGGCAACCAGUUUCACUCUGGAAGAAAUGUUGCAUCUAGUAAACUUUCAGGACAUGCACCAGGAGGUCAUCACACUGCUAAUUUCUCAAACAUCAAUUGGGAUCCACUUUCUGGAGCAUCUGGGAUUGGUAAUACUGAUCCUUCAAUUGCAGCAAAAGCAGCAAAUGUUGUCCAACAGGCACAUGAGAGGAUGAAAAGGGAACGUGAUAGUUCACAGACUGCUACUGGGUGGGAUAGAGCUCAUGUUUCUGGAUCCAUUCCCAAAGAUGAGAUGCUAUUUAAACAGAGGAGACUAAAUGAGGAUAUUACCCGGUAUGGUUCAAAUGCAGCACGGAAUACAGAUAGGGCCUUUGGUAUUUCUGCUAAUUAUAGUAAACUUAACAUCCCUAGGGAGUUGACACAUGUUGAGAUCCGUAACAUGCUGAUGGAGAAGGCUAAAAAGGACAUAGUCAGAAAACUGAAUGAGUGGAGAUUAGAACCAGUGCCAAAGGCUCUAAAAACAGAGAAAGAAAGGAUAAAAGUAAACAAGAAAGGGAAAGCCGGAACUGCAAAGGUUUCUGGACAUGGAACAAAUUGGAACUCUAAUUCAUCUUCCUUGAAGGAAGUACCAAAUGCAAAUAAUAAUAUUGCGGCUUCUGCUGGUGAUGUGAAUGAGGUUGAUCCUGUAACAGACUCUAUGAAUGUUCCUGAUCCUGAUUUUCAUAAUUUUGACUUGGAUAGGACUGAAAGUUGUUUUGGAGACAAUGAAGCCUGGGCGGCAUAUGAUGAUGAUGAUGGCAUGCCUCGUUUCUAUGCUUUGAUUCAUAAAGUGAUCUCAAGGAACCCAUUUAAGGUGAAGCUCAGCUGGCUAAACUCAAAAACCAAUAGUGAAUUUGGUCCAAUGGAAUGGGUAGCUUCAGGAUUCUAUAAAACAUGUGGGGAAUUCCGGGUUGGAAGACAUGAAAUGAGCACGUCUAUUAAUUCUUUCUCCCAGAAGGUCAGGUGGUCUAAAGGUCCACGUGGAACUAUUCACAUAUUUCCUAAAAAAGGGGAAACUUGGGCCCUUUACAGAGAUUGGUCUCCCAAUUGGAGUGAGCAUACCCCUGAUGAAGUGAUACACAAGUACGACAUGGUUGUACUACUCGAUGACUACAAUGAGGAAAAAGGUGUCUCUGUUGCCCCACUAGUGAAGGUUGAUGGUUUUAAAACAGUAUUUCAACCCCAUCUGGACCCAGAAAAGGUAAAACGAAUACCAAAAGAAGAGAUGUUCCGUUUCUCGCAUCAGGUCCCAAGCUACUUGCUUACAGGUGAAGAAGCUCAAAAUGCUCCGAAGGGUUGCUUGGAGUUGGACCCUGCUGCUACCCCACUAGAACUUCUUCAGGUAACAACUGAUGCUAAUCAGGUGACAACGCAGAGUAAUGGAGACGGUAAAGGAAAUCUACUACCGAAUUCUCAGGAAACAAGGAUAAGUGAGACUGCUGCAGCUCUUGGGCAUGGGGAAGCUAGCUAGGAAAUAGUGAUGACAGCAAGAAAAUAGACAGGGUGGGCUAUACUGAAAUUGAGAAGGGACUGAAAAUUUUGGUCAUGCCAAAUUAGUAGGGUGGAAUGAGGCAUUGAGUAUAUUUUUGAAGAUUAUUCUUUUGUUGUUAGUACUCCUAUGGGUGAUAUGGGGUUUGAUGCUGUAGUGGAAAAGAAAAAAA